UCAACUCACUUCUCUGAUCGUAAUUACUGUAUAAUAAGUAAAACUUGGUUACAUUUCUUGUGGAUUUAACCUAGUUUGAGAAUGACGCUUCCUACAGCGCACAGCACCACAACUUACCGCACCCUGAGCGUCUCUUCGGAUCCGGACUCGGGAACAAUGAUACCGGCCGGACAGUUUGAAGUAGCCGGGGGCGCGACCCUGCGCGCGGUCAAUAUGGGUCAUGUGCGGUACGUUAACGGACCGGUGGACGGGAGCGGGCUUUACGGGAACGUUCGUGUUCUGAUGCCCAUGCAGCGUCAAGCCGAGUCUUACAUGGUGGUCAAUCAGGGUCAACAGAUGUUCACACCGCUUUACCUGCAGAACCCACAGAACGUACAAAACGUUCAGAGCGUACACAGCGUACACAACCUACAGAACCUACAGAACGUACAGCACGUACAGAACGUACAGCGCCUUACUGUGGACGAAUCUGAUGCGGUGUUCCAACAUCAACAAGUCAUCAGCAACGGCAAAAUCUCAACAGAGUUCAGCGCGCCGCCGAGCCCAAUCAAGAGCCCCGAACCCCUGGAGGUGGUGGACAGCAGCUUGCAAAAUGUGAAGAUAGAUGUGAAGACCGAGGUGGUGGAUAUUGAGCCACUGGCCAAACUGGAUACACGCUACUUUGGUGAACUGCUUGCUGGCCUGUACCAGAAAAAUUCUGACAUUCACACCUGCAUCUCUGAACAUGUGGCCAAGAUCUCUGGACGAAAACACCUGGACUCCACCAGUGAUUACAAGGAGAAGGAAGAGAUAGAGCAGCUCAUUCCUAAAGGCAUGUCUGAACUGACCAAGCAGCAGAUCCGCUACCUCUUACAGACACGCAUGACCGCCGAUAAGACCAUGCGUCUUCUUCUGAGCACAUUCAGCAACCUGAAGGAAGAGCUGGUGCACCUGCAGAAUGAUCUGAGGCGUCUGGAGGGUGAAAAAGACCAGUUGGAGAAGGACCUAAGCUUUAAAGCUGACCAGGCUCAGCAGUAUGACAGACUACUGAACAAUCUACGUGAUAGCAACAGACAGCUACAGACCUCCCUGAAAGAGAGCACCACCACCCAACGUUCCUUGGAGGCUAAGGUCAUGAGCAGCAGCAGUGCAGACACGGGUAAGGAAUUCCGCAUCAAAGAUCUGGAGAGCUCCAAGAGGGCUCUGGAGCAGGAGAACGAGCUUCUGCGCAAGAAGCUUGAAAAUCAGAGCAGUAAUUCUAAUCUGAGCGCUAAGACACAGGAGCUGUCCAGACAUUACGAGCAGAUGCUGAGUGAACUGCGGGAUGAGAAGGACAGGGAGCUGAAGACCAUGAGGUCUCAGUUGGUGACGAUCCAGACAGAGCAUACUACAACAAACUCCGGUGACAAGAGCCUGCAGCUGAAGAUAAAUGAACUCAUGUCCUCACUGGAGCAACGUGAUUCUUCUAUAAGACGCCUAGAGGAGGAGAUUAAGCGGCUCCAGAAAGAGAAGUAUGACCUGUCCAAGAGCGUCACCAAUACUGUUACCACCAAAACAUACUCUAACCAGUACCCAAUACUGGGCCUGCUGAAUGAUAAUUAUCAAUACAACCCUUCAUCACCUGUCAGGCAAUCCAGCACCAUGGUUGUUACGAGGAGAUCAGAAUUAUCCAAACAGCACUGAGUGGGUUUUACACUGGAAAGGCAUGAACACGAAGAUGAUCCUGAAUUUGCACCAGUUACCGCUUGAUCUCCUGUCUCAUCCCACCCACGCUCCCUCUCUCACCCGUAUUCACACUCAACCUAUUUUAUUCCCUUCAUUAAUCUGUUUCUUUCCAUUGCUUCAUCCCUCUCUUAAUGGCCUGCCUGCUGCUUGCUCUAGGGCUCUGUAGAGUGGUGGUGGUUCUUCUGAUUUAUUAGGAUGCCGUAUUACCAGAGUUAAGGCAUCCAAAAGAACAGCUUAAAGGCUGUUCUGUAGAUGGAUGAAGACUUGAUUUGAUCUUGACCUGCCAGAAGACAUUGGAUUUAAGUUUAUUGCUUAGCUUUAUGCAUUUAUAAAAAAAACUCUGCUAAGUGAAACUUGGUUGCAAACAGCUCUGUGUUCGAGCCACCUUAACCUUAGCAGCCUCUGGUCAGCACUGCUGUAAGAAUGCAUGUAAGCAGUCGGAGUGCAAAUGCUUUGGUAACGUUUUAAGAUGUAAGAAUGUAAUGUGUAUCUGCCUUGGUUGCUGUCCUUUACUGGUUAUGGUAGAAUGUGCUUCAUUUUUGUGCUUCAUACAAAGUAUUUUAUUAUAUUUUCUGUUUUUAAGAAUAUUACAAUGGGCAGUGUAAGUGGUAAUGCAGUAAUGUGGUGAUGGGAUAUUUUUGCUAUAAAACAAUAGAAAUGGAGGUCUUUGGUGGUCAGUGCUGGUUGUCAAUGCUGCAUGUAGCAAUGAAUUAACUAUCAUAUAAAUAGAAAAAAAAAUAUUGAAAUGUUGGGUUGAUGUAAUGCAAUAACAAAGCAUUAGCUUUUUACCAUGCUAAAACUGCAACCUUUGAAUUCAUUAAUGACAUCUAACUCUUUCAAACCCCUUUAACAACAUGUCUUAUAGAGCUAUCUCAGUUAUAUUUAACAGUGAAUUCCAACUGAAUUAAUUUGAAGUUAUUUGAUUAAUAAAAGCUCAUUUGUAUUUCUAAUUAAAUCUGGCAGCUAAUAUGUAUUUCCAACUAUUCUUCUAAUUACAGUUCAAAGUAACAAGAUUGAAAUCUUAAAACUAAAUAGUAUAUGUAAUUUACAAAGAUAUACAGUAUAACUGUAUAUGUGAUUUUAAAUGGUGAGCACUUGCAUUGCUAGUAGAUAUGUAGACAAUGUGCAAUUGCAUCACAUUACACUGUAUGACACACAAGUAACGCAGUACCUCUCAGAAUAGGGUUCAUAUAAUUGUGUUUGCUUGCUUUAUUUAAUGAGAAUUUAGUUUUCCUUUUAAAGCUCAAAAUACUGGAAGAAUUUUUGAAUGAACCACCUGCUUGGUUUUAUCAUCAGACAUUCCUGCUGUUUUGCUAACGUACUGCUGAGCUUAGUCAUCUGUCUCCCAGUUCUAUUUAACAGUAACACAUCUGCUGUUAUUUAAAUUGAUUAAUAAAGGUUGGUUUGUGUAAUUUCUUUAGCCAGAGUAAAAUUAGAAUUUGCCAAAACAAGAACUUAUUGUAGCUAAACUAGCUGAAAUAACUAAUUUGGACAAACCCAGUGUGUUGUGCACAGCUUUGGGGAUCGUUAGCAAUAAACCAUGUAGAAGUGAGACGUAGAACUUUGAUUUAUUAAAACUAAAACAUUAACACUGAAAUUAAAUAAGUAAAACAAAUCAGAUUUAUCUACCUUAACAGGCAGAUUUUUAUAGGGAACAAUGGAAAUGGCUGUCGUUGGGGCAUAGAUUUUUACCAAAUAUUUUUUUAAAAAAGCAGAUUUUUUAACAUGCUGUUGCAAAUUCAGUUAUGUUUUUAAAUUAAAUAAAAAAUUUAUUAAAUGUU